AUGGGAAAGAAGACCGCGUUUGUGUUGAUUUUUGCAUUGGUGGUGCUUCUAUCAAUCCAUACGGUGUUGGGUGAUGACAACUUCGUGGAAAAUGCCAAGGAUCGUAUCACCGAUGCUGCUUCAGCGGCAAAGGGCGCAGCAGAAGGCUUAUCAGAAUCUACUUCUGAUGCCUUCAAGGAAGCUAGGGAGACCACAUCAACAUGGACUGAAUGGUUUAACGGCAAACUCAAGGAUAUGGGUAUCAAGGAUGAUGAUUCAGAUGACACAGAUGACGCAAACGCACCCGAAUCAGAAUAA